GACGUGUGGGCGACGAAGCCGCCGUGGUGCCAGCCGUGGACGAUCGUGAUGACCGGGGCGAUGAUCGUGUGCGCGCCGACGGCGGUCUUCGGGUGGAAGUGGGCGAGCGCGUUUCUGACGCUGCCGAUCGGGGCGUGGUGGUUCGCGUUUUUGAUCGCGUACCCGAAGCAGUUCAGGGAGUACGUG